UCCCUUCCUCCGCCCACUCGGGCCUGUCGCGCCCGCGGUGCUCGCAGCCAUGGUGGCCCGGCGUCGGGCGCUGCUCAUCUGCGUCGCGUUGUCCCUGGCCACCCUGGUGCACAGAGGAUCUGGGGACGCAAGUGAUGAUUUCAGACUGGAGGAUGCAGUGCCAGAAACCUCCUCAGUAAAGCAGCGAUGGGACCACCUCACCACCACCACAACCAGGAGGCCAGGAACCACCAAGGCCCCCAUGAAGCCUGCAGAUGACUUUAGCUUGUAUGAUGCCUUGGAUGACCGAAAUGACCCAGAUGACAGACAAAAGAAGCCCAGUGGAGGAGGAGGAGGGAUUUCAGACCAAGACCUUAAAGACAUACUGGAAGGCGGCGGCUACAGACCUGAUAAGAAUAAAGGAGAUGGUGGCUAUGGCAGCAGCGACGACCCUGGAUCCGGCAUGUCUGCGGAGACAGGCACCAUCGCCGGCGUGGCCAGCGCCCUGGCCAUGGCGCUCAUUGGCGCUGUAUCAAGCUACAUCUCCUACCAGCAGAAGAAGUUCUGCUUCAGCAUCCAGCAGGGGCUCAAUGCCGACUACUCGAGGGGGCAGAACCUGGAGGCUGUGGUGUGCGAGGAGCCUCAAGUGGAGUACUCUGCGCUGCAGACCCAGGCAGCAGAGCCGCCGCCACCCGAGGCACCCCGCAUCUGAGCUCUGGGCUCAGCUGGCAGCAGACACAGGGGGCGCCACCGCUUGUGACCCAGCUCUGACUUCCCCAGGCCCCUCAGCCACUGUGCUGUGCUCCCUGUGUCAUUGGUUUCUUGUCGCUCUGAGUUUUCUAGACAAGCUUUGUGUGUUCGUGAGUGUGGUCUCCGUGCCCAUUGUGCAGGGCGCUGCAUCCAUCCUGCGUGGUUCUGUGAAGAGACUCAGUGCCAACUCGAUCAGCCCCGGCAGGUGGUCAUCACCAGCCUGGGAUCCGCUGGGCUGUGGACCCAAGCCAGCCUGCCUGGCCUUAGCCUGUGGACAGAGACGCCACUGGCACGAUGCCGAAGGACAGCUCCGCAGCUCUAGGUGCAGAGCCAAGCCUGGGCAGUGCGGUGCCCCUGCACGCUGGACUGGCUCUGAGAACUGUCAGGGGGCCGGGCAUGGCCUCACUGGGACCUCGUAGUGAAGGAUCUGGUGCCUGUGUCCAUGCCACACCCAGGACGAGGUUUCUUAUGGGCUUGCUUCCCAAGUCCAGGUUUCCCGUUGCUGGAGGUUAUGCUGGCGCUGGCCUAGGUGUGGAAAUGUGGUUGUCCUCCCAUCCUAUGGGAGCUGGCUGGGGACCUAGGGCUGGAGCAGAGCUGGCUUCAAAGGAGCCCCUGUGUGCCAAUGUUAGUGUCCAGUGUCAAGAAGUGCUUGAGAGCAUGGGACGCGUCAGUCGCUGCUCACAGGCUGCCGUGGCUCCUUCCUAUGCUCUUCGCACUGGGAUGAGGCAACUCCCAUUUUUUCUAAAGGAAACCAAUGAAACCCAAACAGCCCCCAUGUGCUAUGUACUGCAUGCCUAGUGUGUGUGUGUGUGUGUGCGUGUGUGUGUUUGUGAUUUUCAAGCCCCCACGGUGGAGGCCGUCGGGAGGCUGCUGUAUCUCGGGGGGGGGGGAGAGUAAGACCCCAGACUGCGGGUCUGGAGGGGCUGCGGUGCCAUGAAGGGACAUUGGCCCAGAAGCCCUGACCUUCAGGAGCUGUGUGUGCCGGAGGCCCUGCUUAAGGUGGUCUGAGCGGUCAGCUUUGUGUGUUCUCACAGCAAGGACGCAAGGCUGCUGGCCACAACUGGCCUGGACAUGGAGGUGGAGGGUUCUGCAGCCUGGGCCUGUUGGCACCUAGAUAGCAGGGGCAGGGCUGCCUCACUUCCGGUGUGGCCUGUCCACUGGCAGAAGCCUUGGAAGCCCGCAGCCCUGUGUAAAAUAAAUGCUCUUCGCAAAAACAUUUUCUGGGUAGCACUGACUUCAGUGAAAAGCAGCCCACUUUUUUCUCCUUUAGCUACCUCGGUGCCUUCUGCAUAAAGCCCUUCUGCAUAAAACCCAUCACUUGGCCCAUGGGCGCUGGCUCCAAGAACCUGGACAGGCCCGGGCCACCCCCCCCAGCCUCCGGUUCGCAGUCUCAUCCCAGGGGCUCCCCUUCCGCUGUCACCUCACCCUUGCUCGGGCGCUGUGGCCAACACAAGCCUGGCGGGCUCUUUUCCUAACUGUGUCUACCUGAAAGUUCCUUGGCCGGGCGUGGGUCUGUCCCAGGUGGGAUGAGGGGAAGGGCACAGGAAGGGCCAGCCGGAGGGUCCCAUCUCUGCCAGCCACCAGCAGAGGGGACACCGGCAGCCUUGGUCGCAUCAGAGGGCUGAGGGAAGCACCUGAUGGGGAAGCACCCCUGGGUGUGGGCAGGCCCAGCUCUGCAAGGAAGACGUGCCAGAGACCGACCCCCGACCCCGUGCAUCCUCACUUGUGCUGUGUCCAUGUGUGAACUGUGAAUUGUUGUCUCCAUUAAACGAAAUGGAACUGAGCCUGAC